AUCAGCCCCACUCGGAAGCAACAAGCACCUGUUGCCGAACGCCUACCUGUUUCACUUGUGUACUCUAUGCUGUGUAACGUUGGAUCAGUGGAUCCCCUCGAGCCUCUACUCGGCUUGGCUGUAUCUGUAUCCGUAUGAUACCAGAGCUACAACAUAACACUAGGACUUGCUAGAGGUGGCUGGAGGAGGUGGACUGGCUGGAGGCGAGACCUCCGCUUCUGUCAGUCAGAGUCUGAGUGGAGAGUAAAGUCAGUACGACCGAGUACGUCGUAGUCGCAUGCAGUUCCUCGUGUCCGAAGGAUAAUAUGCAUUAGCUCCGACGUGGCAUCAAUAUUUUAAUGUAAUCGUAAUUAUAAAUAACAUUAUUAUUUAAAUUUGAAAUUUUUUUGGAUUCAUCUAAACAAAUAUUUAAUUGCGUAAAAUGUAUCAGUAACACGCGGGAAUUCGUAGCUGAUAAUGCGACGACAGUGAUAUUAACUUAUGUGAUAUUGUUUAAAUAUUGUCGUGUUUAGUUGUAUUGAGUACAUACUUAUUUUCAGUGGACAAGUGUGCAAAUAUUCAUCGAUAUCAAUAUGACUUUAUAUUUUUAAUGAUAAUAUUUACCAAGACGACGACGAAUCAACGGAAUGGCGGAAGAGACUGAUCAGGGUUCGCUCUGCUAUGGACCUGGCAGCAUUGCUGGAGCUGUUAUUGGAACAUUUUUAACAACAAUUCUUAUUUUUGCUGUUGUUGUUUUUCUGUACCGCCAAUGGCGCAAGCACAAGGGAAAUCACUUGGUCUUGGUAACGGAUCCAGAGAUUGUCGAAGAUGCCUACGCAUUUGAUAACCCGUGUUUCAAAGACGCGACUCCCGCCCAAAACCGUCAUAUUGACAGACCCUUGUCUAUUAUCUCCACGACAGAGACUCCAGCCAAGGAUUCGACGAAAUGGUCGUCGCCGUGGUCGUCUCUUGGCCUCGGCUCGGGAAACAAACUCGACAAAAGGAAAACUCUUGAUGAUUCUUGUCUCGGCCCAAAUGCCACGCGAAUUAGCGUGAUAAGUUUGAGAAGCCGAGAUUUCACAGGAUUGGGUUUCAAUGUGUGUGGAAACAUGAGAGAAGGUAUCUUCGUUAAAGACCUGCUUCAUCGCGGUCCCGCCUCAGAAUCCGGUCGGAUUCAUCCAGGUGACCGGAUAGCCAGCGUUAAGAUCAGCUUCAGAAGUAUGGUUUACGAAGAUGCUCUAACUAUUCUCAGCUACGCAUCGCCCUAUGAUGUAGAACUUGAGGUUGAAAGUGGCGGUACCAGUUCGCGACCCACAACUUUACUCAAGAAAACGGUCGGACCAACUCCGUCACGAAUUUGCCACCCACUGUACAGAAGUCAGUCGAUCCCUGAAUUUUCUCGAGUUGAUAAAAAUUCAGCGAAGAGACUUUUCAUCGCUGAUCCGAAUGAAUCACUUGGAUCAAACUAUUCUACGAUGAACUCAACCUUAAAGUCUUCAAAGUCGACUCCCGGCAGUCACACGCUUGAGCGGCGACACGAAGAAUCCAAAGGCAAUAAUCAUCAUUUCAAGUUUGGCAUAAAAGUACUACCUGUUCUUGACGGUACCGUUCACAGAAUUGAAAAUCAGAAUGAACAUAAUACUAAUCUUGAACGUCACAAUUCACGUAAAACAGACGUUGAAAAAAAUAUUAUAAACGCUAAAAACAUCGACGUCGUUGACAAUAAAACCGUGAAAGAUGGCAAAGUUACGGUUGAACGAAUUCAGCAACGCGAUAAUUCGUUACCGAAAGGUGAAAGUGGUAUCGACGCGACUGACAGCAAAUUAAUUAAUCAAAAUGAUAAAUUAAGUACUGAAACAGUUGUUAUUCCAUCAGAAGUACCUGCUGAGGUUCAUAACGCAGCGAUUGCGGCAAGAAGAAAUCGUAAAAGUAGCGCUGAGCUUUUGAAUUCCCCGAAAAUUACAUUCACGGAGAGUCCAAGUGACUUAGAAGACAACAAGAGUCCGCAGAAGAGCAAAAGAAAAGCACCAGCGCCUCCGGGAUCUCCGAUGAAAGAUACCGGAAGUCCAGUCAAGUAUGAAAAUUCUUCAGCUUCAAAACACGAUAGAGAAGAUAUUGAUGAUAAAAUAGAGAGUAUUACAGACUACACUGAAUCUUUAAAUGAUUACGUUGUUAAAGUACGUGAUACUGGGAGUGACAAUCAAGUGAGACAGCCGAGAUUGAAAGAACGCUCGUCAGAGCGACGUAGUUCUGAGUCAGACACUGACAAUGAAGCGCAGGACAGUUUUACAACAAUUGAACUUAAUCCCGCUGACAUUACAAUUCAUCAUACGCCCAUACCUCACAUCCCAGAUGAUGACGAUGAUACUGACGAUGGAUACAGAAAAGCCGCUAGCUUAGGAGAUUUAUCUAAAUACGAAGCUAAAAGUUCGUCGACUCUAGAGAGAGCUCAGAGUCUAGAUAUGACUGACACAUCAUUGAGAAAACGCAAGACACCUCUUCCACCAGAGGACAUCACUGAGUCUACCGAAGAUCUUUCGAAGCUCGAUGACAUUGACACAUUCGAUAGACGAAAAUUGAAGAAAUCCAGCGAAUGGGGAACAUUGGAAGACGCCAUCUGGAAUAAAAUGGACUCCGAUGAUACUGAGAUAAAACCCAAGAUAAGAAAAAAAAGUAGCGGGACACUCGAACGAUCAAAAUCCGCGGUAGAGAUAAAACUAAAAGAAGGUAUGACUUCAUCUUGUGCGACGCAGGUCAUGGAUAAUAAUAAAGAUUGCAGCAUUGAGCUUUAUAAUUUACCGCUGAGUAAACGUCUUACGCGAGACUUUAUUUAUGCUGAGCGAUCAUUCAAUCCAGACGAGGACAAUUCGUUGGCGCGAAUUGUUAAUAAUGGGGAAGUUAUUAAGAACCCGAGUUUGGAUGAAAUUGAAUUGGACUUCAGACAAGCAAAGCCAUUUACUGCGGAGCAAGAUGACGAUAUACCUGUGAUUGAUGAUGACAAUUAUGACGAAGCAGACGUUAAUUCGCCUGCAGUGAGUGAGUCCUUUGGUAAAGCAUUGAGAUUUUUCGAUCUCCAUGCCAGUGAGCGGCCCGCGAAAGAAGAAUUAAAAACUGAUCUCGAUAAGAAGACCAAUGGUGACGUAAAUGACUCGUCAAUGUACGCAGGCAUGAAGGAAGUUAACGAGGAGCCAAUGAAGAAGAAAAUAAUAAAUACCAGGUGUCCUUAUUGCGACGGAGAUGAGAAGCACGAGAAAAAUUGUUCUUUUCACAGUCGUCUGGUGUCUGCUGACACAGAUAUCACUGACAGCACUCUGAGUGAUCGGAUUGGUGACGAAGAAAAGUAUUACAAAGCUAUUGAGGAUCAAAUAGAAAAAGUAUCUGCUGUAAAAAUCAAGUCAGCGAUUGAUAAUGACGAAGACAUUGACGAUGGCUGUGAUAUUGGUUCCAGUGUUACUGUCAACAGCAAAACCCAAUCGCCAGGCAAUGAUCGGCACAAUGUAAGCAACGUAAGUGUAUCAAGUGGGGAGAAUAGUGAAGACAGUGGUCUAGUUGGCGAAUCCGGUGAAUUCAAUCAACGAGAGACAGACAUAAAACCUAAUAUUUCAAACUCACCACUUAAUCAAGAUUCACCGCGUAAAAUGACGUACAUUACUGAAAUAAAAGUUUCACCGAGCAGAGAGAUAAUUCGUGAUAAUUCCGAGGAUGUCGAGAGUAGUCGUGAUAAUAAACCCGCUUUACUAAAAGGUGAAGUUACUGUGACGUCAAAUGGAAAGUCAAUGCCUGGUAGAAAGCCACCGGUACCACCAAGAAGAAGUGAUGCCUCUAAAGCACUGAAAGAUAAAUCGAAUGAUAAACAGGUUGUUUAUGUAUCGGAAUACAAAACUCAAAAUAAAAAUUUAAUCGAGUCUACGGAUAAGUUGGACAGCAAUUCAACGGCUGGUAAAAAAAUAGAUCAUUGGAUUUAUUUAGCUGACAAUAAGGAACAAAACCCAUGGGGUAAUGGAUCCAGCCAACCGCAAUCAGUUACAAAUAUUGUUGUUGCGUCUGGUGAUGAAAAAAUUUUUCAACAGUAAAUUCAGUUGGCUUAUUUGUGACAAUGGCAAUAAAAAUGGCAAUGGUCACUUGGUGAAUUGCAUUUGAUAUAAUUUAAAAAAAAAAAAAAAUGGUACGCAGUCUUAAUUACUGUGAAUCAUGUAAAUUAAUUUGCAUGUAGUUUUUAUUUUAAAUUAGAAAAAAAUAUAUAUCUAGAGUUAAAUAUAUACGUAAAUUAAUAUCUACGUA